GUGACUUGUUGUUUGUUGUUAUAAGUUUUCGCUAUCCUAUUAUCCUAAUCACAGUGCUGUGUUCUUGUUUGAGCUUAUCGAAAAAGAAUGUCUAGGCCAUAUUGUUUCGUUCCGCAAUGUUGCAACACGAAAAUCUCAACUCCUGAGAAGCUUUUCUUCCGUCUACCCAACGGGCCGAUCCGAGACAAAUGGUGCAAAAUCGUGCGUCGAGAUAAAGUGUCUCAAACAAGCAAACUUUGGUGCUGUGGAGACCAUUUCAUACUUGAAGAGGAUGUGGAAGACUGGACAAGGUUUAAUAUCUUAAAUGCGGCGGGCAAAGAUAAUUUCCGACUGAAAUUGAAGAAAGGUGUUGUUCCCCAUAUUUUUGAUUGCCAGCCAGAUCGAGUGCAAGCCCAUUCUCAGGAGCUAAGGUCUGCCUUUCGAAAGCGCCAAAUACUAAGUGAGCUCAAGGAUGUCAAUUGGGAUACGAAUGCACGCAAGAACCUUGAGCCAAUUUCCAGUCAUGAAAGUCAAGCUGAACUUGUGCGGGCCUCUGAUGAUAUCCCUGCCUCAAAAUUACCUGCAGUAGCACAAGCAAUGGCAACCCAAACUGAUGGAGGAGUUCUGGAGGAAAACCUGUGGUCGAUUAAUGAAGUUGCAGCCCCAGAACUGCCACCAGCAGAUCCUGUGUCCUCUCCAACUCCUCUUGAACACUCGCAGCUGUCAAGUGGUUCAUCUUUCAUGAGUUCCUCUUUCAACCACUCUGUUCUUGCUGACGCAGCAUGCCAGGUAACUUGCAUUGACAAUAGCAUUUAAUAUCUUUUCAGCUUC